GCUAGAAUAAGAAACGUAGAUAUUACCUAUUACUUUAUGAGGGAUAAUCUAAUAGAAAAUAUUUUUAACUUAGUAUACGAAAAUACUAUGAUAAUAUUAGCUAAUAAUUUAACUAGUACUACUAAUAUUAAUAAGUUUAAAGACUUUAUUAGUAGAGUAAAUGUAGUUAAUUUAGAU